AUGAAAAAGAAAAACAACUACGAGAAACAGGAAACAGACAUUGAUGCGUGAUCUUCAUCUUCUUCCUCUGAUCUGAUCAGAGAGGUGGAGAGAGUAACUAUGACAGAGACGGAAACAGAAGGAGCAGCGAAGGUGAACCCUAUCGAACAUCUUCCUCUGAGUCUCCUGAGAUCCGAUACAGUUCCACCCGCUCCCACCUUCUCCCAAUCCACCGUCGAUUUCCUCCCUCACUUCUGCGGCUACUCCUGGAUCGCUUACGCCGCCUCCUCUCUCCUCGUCGUCUCCCACUUCCCUUCCCCUCUCUCCCCUCACCAAACCCGCAUCGGCCCCCUUUUCCGCCAAUCCUUCCAGCUCUCCGCCCAUCCCGCCGCCUCCGUCGCCUGGUCCCCCCGCACUCCCUCCUCCGGCGACCUCGCCGCCGCCGCUGAUAACUGCAUCUGGAUUUUCCGCCACGCCUCCGCCACUGCUCAAGGUUCUUUUUGUUGGAGCCAGAAUGCAGUGCUUGUACAACAUACGGAAGUGGCAAACAUCAGAUGGACAGGAUCAGGAGAUGGAAUUAUUUCUGUUGGAAUGGAGGUGGUUUUCUGGAAAAGGAGUAACAAAUGUUGGGAAGUUGCUUGGAAGUUUAAAGCAGAUCAACCCCAAACUCUUGUUUGUGCAACUUGGUCUAUUGAGGGCCCUUCAGCAACUGCAGCACAUCAUAGUAAAGAACACAUUGAAGGGACCUUGACCAAUGAAGUAAGCAAAUUUGUGUUAUUAUGUCAAAGCAAUGGACUAUCUGAAUAUUCAAAAGUCAAACUACAUCAUCCUCUACCUGUUGUAAUGAUUCAAUGGAGACCAUCAAGGGUAAAGCUAUCAAACAGAUAUGGUAAGUCUUCAUUAAGGCAUGUAUUAUUGACGUGCUGCUUAGAUGGAACUGCAAGGUUAUGGAGUGAAAUUGAUAAUGGAAAGGCCAGGAGAGCUGGGAAAGACAACAAUGAUCAGAAGAACAUGGGAUGCUCUUAUUGUGUUGUUGCUGUUAUUGAGAUUAAUCAGUCCUUCAACGGAACUCUUGGUUCAGAUAUAUUUGUGACAUGGGGGACAGAAAUUGAGGGAAUAUUUAGAAAUGAUGAAAAGACCAAACAAGUUUUUCCCAAAGUAGGAUUGGAGCAUGAUGUUAGAAAUUGUGAUUGGCUAGUUGGCUUUGGUCCUGGAAUGUUACUUAGCUUUUGGGCUGUGCACUGUCUUGAUGAUGUUUCCCCACUGAGAUUCCCCCGAGUUACAUUAUGGAAGAGGCAUGAACUCCAGAACCAUGACAUAGCAAAUGCUUACAAGUUUAACUCCUCGGAUUUUAAAAAUGCCUUGUUUCUUCAUAAGGUCAUUAUAUUGAGAAAUUGCCUGUCUGGUCCACCGAUCAUAUGCUCUCCACUUCAGCUAUUACCAUGUAAUUCCUUAGUUUGGUCAUUUUUCCGUAUUCAAACAGUACAUGAUGCUGUGGAGAACUCCAUUAAUAAUGGUAACACAGAUAACAUCUCCUCCCAUUUGACUGGUGGAGUUUUAAACUUAGAUGGUCAUAGUGGGAAAAUCUUAAAGGUGUCAAUUCAUCCUUGUACAUGUGAAGUUCAAUUUGCUGCUUCUCUGGAUUCUAAUGGACUGCUUCUUUUUUGGUCACUUUCUAACAUUUCAAACUGCGUUUUGGGAUGUCCAACUUUGGUUCCUACUAUGGAACUAUGUGGAAAGCUUGCAACUCAAGACUCAUGCUCCUUGUACACAAGUUUGACAUGGGCACCAUCAGUACUUGAUGACAAACUGUUUUUUUUUAUGGGGCAUACCCGGGGUAUUGAUUGCUUCAUUGUCAACAUUUCUCGAACUGAAGAAGAAAAUAUAGAAUGUCACUACUUAUGCACUAUUCCUUUCAGUGGUCACGGUCCUUAUGAGGAUGGCCCUUUCGAUAUCUUUACAAUUCCUUUGAACUCCAAUUGUGAAAAUUUUUUUCGUAAUAAUAAACUUAUGCUAUUGGCAAUAUGGAUGGGCAACUUUCAGGCCCUAUCAUGGGAAGUUAACUUGCACUCAUUUGACAUGUCAACAAACAUUUGUGAAUGCAAUUUUGAUGUUAAAAGCAUUGAUGACUGUAGUGUUUGGGCUUUUGAAAGUACAUUUGCUAAUAAAAAAUAUUGCAUUACUGUAAAUCUAUGUUCAUGUGAGUAUCCAAGUUCCAAUGAUCUGGUUACUAGUUUCUCAGUGGCUGAUCCAGGCACUCUGAGCCAUAGACAACAAGAGUUUGGCUUUGCAAAUGAUCUUUGCAGUAGUUAUCCUGCAUAUAUCAUGGCCACAGGCUCCUCUGAUGGCAUCUUGAAACUCUGGAAAAGUAAACCUGGCAACUCAUUGACCCAGCACUUGCCGUGGGAGCUAGUUGGUUCCUUUGUUGCACAUGAUGGUCCCAUCAAGGGUAUAUGUUUCCCUGAUUGUGGUGAGAAGAUUGCUACAUUCUGCUACGAAAGCAAUUCAAAUGCUAUCAAUACCAUCCAUAUAUGGGAUGCUGUACCACUAAUUAGUGCAGGAACUUUUAUUUUGGAGGAUAAAAUAAAGCUUGAAAGUGAUGUUAUUGCUCUAAAGUGGUUAACUUUAGGAACUGGGGAGUUAUUGCUUGGAGUUUGUUUGCAAAAUGAAUUGCAAGUAUAUGCUCCUAAGUGUCAUGUUGGUACAACUUUGUCAAACUCUGUAAAUUUUCCAAAACUGAAUAUAUGGAUUCGCAUUGCAUAUGCUUUCACUUCCAUUCCAGUUUAUGAUUUCUUAUGGGGACCCAGAGCUUCAGCAGUGGUGAUUCAUGGAAAUUACUUUAGUGUAUUUAGUCAUUGGUUGUUCCAUGUGGAUAAAAAGCAAAGGAGUAAUUUUCAUCAUUGUGAUUCAGAGCCUAAUACCUAUAAUUGUGAGGAUGAAAUAUAUGAAGACAUAUUUUCUGCAGUUUUUACUGAACGUGACAUUGGUGCUCUCAGAGAACAGUCAAUUGGAGAUAGUCGCGCAGAUUGUGAUUCUGAGUGGUCCAUAAAAAAUAUUUUGAAGGACAAUAACCUUUCCAGUAGCUUGUUUCUGGCCAAGGAACAAUUAAAAUCUGAAUUUCUUACCAAGGUUGGUUUAUGGAGUAUCUUAGAAGUAGCUGAGAUAAUUAGUGGAUCAUUACCUACUUAUCACCCUGAUGUACUACUUACUAAUAUAAGUUCAGGAAACUGGAAACGUGCUUUUGUAGCUCUGAGGCAUCUUGUUGAAUGCCUGAAUUCCAAUUAUGAUCCUAAAAAGAUACACAUCUCCAAAAAAAUUGGUCUUCCAAAUAUUGCACUGUCAUAUUAUCUGGAAGGAUGUAUAUCAAAAGGUUCCCAAGGUAAGGGGUUCCAAUGGAGUGGGGAUGCUACUUCAAUGACAUCAAUUUCACAGGCUCAGAGUAGCUUGUUCCAGUUUCCAUAUCAUUCAGUUUCCAGUCCUGAAAAUGGAAACAUUUCCUCAACAGAAUCUGAGCUGAAUGGCUUUAUUGAAUCUCUUGAGAAAUUGCCUGAUUUACCACUUUUGAUCGACACAGAGAAGACUCAAAUUCUUGCAAUUAUAGAUCUGCUUAGUGAAGUUAGUGGUGCACAUUCAUCUUCUGCAUAUCAGAGUCUUGAUGAACCUGGGCGAAGGUUUUGGGUUGGACUAAGGUUUCAGCAACUGCUUUUUCUCCGCAAGUUUGCUAGAGCUGCGUCUUACGAAGAGUUGCUUGUUAACUCUAGGUUGUUUGUAUGGGCUUACCACUCUGAUUGCCUAGAUAAUUUGUUUGGUUCUGUCAUACCCAAUGAACCUUCAUGGCAAGAAAUGCGUGCUUUGGGUAUGGGCUUUUGGUAUGCUAAUAUACCUCAAUUGCGUGCAAGGAUGGAGAAAUUGGCAAGAGCUCAGUAUUUGAAGAACAAAAAUCCUAAGGAUUGUGCUUUGCUGUACAUUGCACUGAAUAGAAUUCAAGUUUUAGCUGGCCUUUUCAAAAUCAGUAAGGAUGAGAAGGAUAAGCCUUUAGUGGGCUUUCUUUCACGCAAUUUUCAGGAUGAUAAAAAUAAAGCUGCUGCUUUAAAAAAUGCUUAUGUCUUACUGGGAAAGCAUCAGCUGGAAUUAGCAAUUGCUUUCUUUUUGCUUGGAGGUGACCAUUCUUCUGCUAUAAAUAUUUGUGCUAAGAAUCUUGGGGAUGAACAGCUUGCCCUAGUCCUUUGUCGUCUUGUUGAGGGCCAUGGUGGACCACUGGAGCAUCAUUUAAUUACAAAGAACAUACUUCCAUCUGCAAUUGAGAAAGGAGACUACUGGCUAGCAAGCCUUUUGGAGUGGGAAAUGGGUAAUUACUAUGAAUCUUUUUAUAGAAUGCUAGAGUUUUCAGUAAACCCUGUGCCUUGGAAGUCCACUGUCAUGUCCAAAUAUUGUCCUUUUUUGGACCCUACCAUUGCUUUUUAUUGCCAAAUGUUAGCAACAAAGCAUAGCAUGCGGAAUGCUGUGGGGGAGCAAAAUUCUGCAAUCCUUUUGAGAUGGGCAACUUUGGUGGCAGUUACUGCCCUAAAAAGAUGUGGUAAUCCUCUUGAGGCAUUGGAGUACUUCUCAUCUUCAUUGAGUGUGCUCGGGACUGCAGAUCAAGAGAGUGAAUUAAGUGACAAUCAUGAUGUGCUGUCCAGCACUCUUAAGCCUUUGCCAAGAAAAUGCUCUAACUGGUUGUCUGCUGAUGUGUCUGCACAUCUGGAGUUCCAUAUUAAAUUGAAUUUGGCACUUUGCUACUUGUCAAAAUUGAUACGAGAGCAUCCAAGCUGGCCUGAUACAUUUGCAGAAUAUAAUGGAGAAGCUUUUGAUUCUGAUGACUACAUGGUGCGAUAUGAGAGAUCAGUUGAUAGUUUUAAACAAAAGUUACACACAGGACUUGCUCUAUUUGAACAGAGGUUUUUAUUGGCUCCACACUGUCUAAUCAAUAUGAUUUUUCUCUUACUUUGCCAUCAUGGAGCAUUGUACAUUGGAUAUGAUAUGAUAGAUGGAUGCACUCAAGGGGAACUGUCUCAAAAGAAGAGAAAUAUAUUUGAUGAUUUCAAUUUAUAUUACUCUCAGAUUAAGCCCCUCUUUAAGACUGCAGAAGAUGUUUCCUUUCUCUAUUCAAGAUUUUUUUGUGCCUGCAGUAUGGAAUAUUUUCAACGAAGUUCAUCUAUUUCAUUUAUUGAGAGAGAACCCAAGUUUUCAGAUGCUUUGCAGUCCCGCUUUGAAGGUGUUUUGAUUUCAUUGUCAUAUUUAAGAGCAGUUUUUAGGAUCCAGUUGAGUUCUAUUGGCAAAGAUCUUGUCAAAACACAUCUUGAUAUCUUGGAUUUUUACGAGUAUUAUUUACAUUUUUCAUUAGCUUGGCUUCAAAGAAACGCUGAAGCCCUUCUGUAUAUGGUGGAACCAUUUUUGGUUCCACAAUCUAAUGGCCGUAAUCCUUAUGACAUUGAUAUGGUGAAUCUGAUGAAGCUUAUCCCAAAAAUUGGAAAGUUGGCUCAAACUUCUUUCAUGCCAAAUAUACAUAACCUUCAAUUGUCCAAAUGUGCAGAAGAUAAACUAGUUGCAGAUAUAAAGCAUUCAAUUCCUGAUGAUGAAAGAUGGAAGAUUUUAGGGACCUGCUUGUGGCAGCAUAUGUCUAGAUUCAUGAUAUCUAAUUUGAAUCCUAUUCUUGCCAAACUUGGAGAUGGUAAUUUGUCUGGUCCUUUCCACAGAAAAUAUACUUAUGGAGAGUCUUAUCUAAUAAAUAUGGAUUCUGAAAGCAUCAGCUUGCAAGAGAAGAUUCGGUUAGUCUCAUUUAGCCUAUGUGAUCUACUGAUGACAACAGUUACUCACAUUUCUUCUUAUCAUGUUAAACAACAUGCAGAAUUUCUGUGGCAAAAAGUAGAGAAUGAUUUGAAUGUAAUUACUCUUGAAUGGUUAAAACAAAAAUCAGAAUUCAGUCAGAACCAAAACCUGGACAUUUUGGAAUUGGGGAACAGGAAAGAUAACUAUUCGGUUCAUCAAUUAUUAUGGGAUCACUGUGCGGAUCCCAAAUUGAUAUCUGAUUGCUUUGCACAGGAAAAACUCAAUUGGCCAAAUGAUUUGGAUCAUAUGCAUACUAAAGGAUGGAAUGACCUGUCUAGAAUUAUGACAGGACUGUAUAAAACUGAUGAUACAUGUGUUGGUGAAAGUAAACUUAGCACUAGAUCUUCUAAUCAUGAAGUUGGAACUCCUGUUAUAGGAAUGUCAAGUGGCCAUGCUUCUGCAAGAUCAAACCAGAAAGACAUAACUCAAACAAAUUUUGCAGUUUUCCAGAGUCCCAGAGAAAUGUACAAGAGAAAUGGAGAACUUUUGGAGGCAUUGUGUAUGAACUCUACUGAUCAACGGGAAGCUGCAGUUGCUAGCAACCGGAAGGGUAUAAUGUUCUUUCAUCUGGAAGAUGAGGUUCAUUUUAGUGGUAGAUCAGAUGAUCUUUUGUGGGCCAAGGCUGAUUGGCCUCAGAAUGGAUGGGCAGGUUCGGAAUCCACCCCUGCUCCAACAUGUGUUUCUCCUGGUGUUGGCCUUGGGAGCAAGAAAGGGGUACACCUUGGGCUGGGUGGAGCAACUGUUGGUGUGGACUCUUCAGCUUGGCCCAGCAAUGACUUGACAGGUGGUGGAGUAUUAGGAAUGCUAGGUUAUGCUGGCAUUGGUGCCUCUGGAUUAGGUUGGGAAAUUCAACAAGAUUUUGAAUAUUUUGUUGAUUCACCUGCCACUUUGGAGAACAUAAGUACCAGGGCUUUGUCUAGUCAUCCGAUGAGGCCGUUCUUCUUGGUUGGUUCUAGCAAUACACACAUUUACUUAUGGGAGUUCAACAAAAACAAAGCUACUGCUACGUAUGGAGUACUUCCUGCUGCCAAUGUCCCUCCACCUUAUGCCCUUGCAUCAAUUUCAGCUUUACAAUUUGACCACUUUGGACAUCGGUUUGCCAGUGCCGCAUUAGAUGGAACUGUCUGCACAUGGCAACUGGAGGUUGGAGGAAGGAGCAAUGUCCGUCCAACAGAAUCAUCUCUCUGCUUUAAUGGUCAUGCAUCGGAUGUCACAUAUUUUUCUUCAAGUGGAUCGAUAAUAGCUGUGGCUGGAUAUAGCUCUAGUGGUGUUAAUGUUGUCAUAUGGGACACUUUAGCUCCACCUACUACUUCUCGGGCUUCCAUUUUAUGUCAUGAAGGUGGUGCAAACACCGUAUCUGUUUUUGAUAAUCAUGUGGGAAGUGGUUCUGUAUCCCCCCUUAUUGUGACUGGUGGUAAAGGUGGUGAUGUUGGACUUCAUGACUUUCGCUAUAUAGCUACUGGAAAGGCUAAAAGGCACAGGCAUGCUGAUAAUAUUGGGCAAAGCUCUAUCUCAUCUUCGCCUCGUGGCAAGGACCAGAAUGUAGAUGGGAUGCUUUGGUACAUUCCAAAGGCUCACUCAGGGAGUGUCACAAAAGUAGUUACCAUCCCAAAUACCAGCUUGUUUUUAACUGGAAGCACAGAUGGAGAUGUCAAACUCUGGGAUGCCCAGAGCACAAAGUUAGUACAUCACUGGUCAAAGAUACAUGAAAAGCACACCUUUCUGCAGCCUAACUCUCGUGGAUUUGGUGGUGUUGUCCGGGCUGCUGUUACAGAUAUACAAGUUUUUUCCCAUGGUUUUCUCACAUGCGGUGGGGAUGGAACAGUAAAGCUGAUACGGCUGGACAAUCACCUGCGUGGCCAUGGAAUUGAGUUAUGAUACUUCUGAGAUCCUUUGUGUUGAUGAUGACAAACUCUACUAUGCCACGAAUGCUUCAUGACAGUGGUCAUCAUUGGUGAGAGGUUGUUAUCAUUUUCUGCAUUAUUGGCUUCUUCAACAACUUACAUGGGAAAUGUGAACAUUGCUGAAGCCACCAUCCAUUUUGAAAAGGAUUCUUCAUUGUUAUGUUCAGAUAUCCAAAAAAUCUGCAACAUGGGCUAGCCAUACGUCCCGGGAUAUAUACAUCUCAUGCUAGUGAACCUCAUUGCUUCUUUGAACAGAUUGCUUGGGUUCAUUUUGAUUCGAGUCAUUCUAUCAGCACGGACCAAAACUUUAGUCAGUGGCUGUCGGCAUGUAAGUGUUUUUAGUUAUGAAUACCUCUCGAGGCUAGCAAAUUUUUUAAGAGAAAACUAGUGUUUGUUCUUGGUGUAUAUUACCAAUUUGAAUUUGUUGAAGCAUGUGAGUAUAGUUUAUACAAAUACGAGGAAGGAGGUCAUGUUUUGGCUAUUUUUCUGUUAGAUCCUCUAGUGAGCUUGGUUUUGUUUACAUUUGUAGUCAUACGUUGCAGCUUGUAUAUAUAAAGAAAUUGUGUCAGUGAUGUUAAGAACUUGAGGAAAGUUAUAACUUUUGUGAGGCAUAAAGCUUUUUCUUUUCCUGUGCAACAGUAAUCAGAUGAGAAACAUACUACCAUGUGUC